AUGUUUAGUAGAUCUACGCUCUGCUUAAAGACGUCCGCAUCCUCCAUUGGGAGACUGCAAUUAAGAUAUUUCUCUCACCUCCCUAUGACGGUGCCUAUCAAGCUACCCAAUGGGUUGGAAUAUGAGCAACCAACAGGGUUGUUCAUUAACAACAAGUUCGUUCCUUCUAAACAGAACAAGACCUUCGAAGUCGUUAACCCUUCCACGGAAGAGGAAAUAUGUCACAUUUAUGAAGGUAGAGAAGACGAUGUGGAAGAGGCUGUACAAGCUGCUGACCGUGCCUUCUCCAAUGGGUCUUGGAACGGUAUCGACCCUAUUAACAGGGGUAAGGCAUUGUACAGGUUGGCCGAAUUAAUUGAACAAGAUAAGGACGUCAUUGCUUCUAUCGAAACUUUGGAUAACGGUAAGGCUAUCUCCUCCUCAAGAGGUGAUGUUGAGCUAGUCAUUAACUAUUUGAAAUCUUCCGCUGGCUUUGCUGAUAAAAUUGAUGGUAGGAUGGUUGAUACUGGCAGAACGCAUUUCUCAUACACUAAAAGACAGCCCUUGGGUGUUUGUGGGCAAAUAAUCCCUUGGAAUUUCCCACUAUUGAUGUGGGCCUGGAAAAUUGCUCCUGCUUUGGUCACCGGUAACACCGUCGUGUUGAAGACUGCCGAAUCCACUCCAUUGUCCGCUUUGUACGUAUCUAAAUACAUUCCACAAGCGGGUAUCCCUCCGGGUGUUAUCAACAUUGUGUCUGGGUUCGGUAAGAUUGUGGGCGAGGCCAUUACUAACCAUCCAAAAAUCAAGAAGGUUGCCUUCACAGGGUCCACGGCUACGGGUAGACACAUUUAUCAAUCCGCAGCCGCAGGCUUGAAAAAAGUGACGUUGGAAUUGGGUGGUAAAUCACCAAACAUUGUCUUCGCGGACGCCGAAUUGAAAAAAGCCGUGCAAAACAUCAUCCUAGGUAUCUACUAUAAUUCUGGUGAAGUUUGCUGUGCAGGUUCAAGAGUGUAUGUGGAAGAAUCUAUUUACGACAAAUUCAUUGAAGAGUUUAAGGCCGCCUCUGAAUCCAUCAAGGUAGGCGACCCAUUCGAUGAAUCAACUUUCCAAGGUGCGCAAACCUCUCAAAUGCAACUAAACAAAAUCUUGAAGUACGUUGACAUUGGUAAGAGUGAAGGUGCCACUUUGAUCACCGGUGGUGAAAGAUUAGGUAGCAAGGGUUACUUCAUUAAACCAACUGUUUUCGGUGACGUUAAGGAAGACAUGAGAAUCGUCAAGGAAGAAAUCUUUGGCCCUGUUGUUACCGUUACCAAAUUUAAAUCUACGGACGAAGUCAUUAACAUGGCAAACGAUUCUGAAUACGGGUUGGCUGCCGGUAUUCACACCUCUAAUAUUAAUACCGCUCUAAAAGUGGCUGAUAGAGUUAAUGCAGGUACCGUCUGGAUAAACACUUAUAACGAUUUCCACCAUGCAGUUCCUUUCGGUGGGUUCAAUGCAUCUGGUUUGGGCAGAGAGAUGUCUGUUGACGCUUUACAAAACUAUUUGCAAGUUAAAGCCGUCCGUGCCAAAUUGGAUGAGUAA